UAUAUACCAGAGUUCAUAGAUAUAAAAACCCUGACAUAUACAUAGUCUGUUCCGUCAAGUUCUGUGAAGAUUAGAAAGAAAAAUAUCAAAAUAUGGAGGGUGCUGGUGGUGCGUACGGUGGCGGAAAGGCUGGCGGGGCCUUUGAUAUUAUUUCUUUCGUACAAAGACCCCAGGUUAUUCUCCGGGGAGUCUGCUGGCUGUUCUCUGUAAUUGUCUUCGGUUGUAUAUCAUCUCAAGGUUGGAAACAUGAUAAAGCGACAGGCAAGCAAGUUUGUCUGUAUAAUGAAGAUGUGAAUGCUUGCAAUUAUGGAGUUGCGAUAAGUGUUAUUGCUUUCCUCGCUACUAUGGGAUUAUUAGUCGGAGAAUUUUUUUUUGAGCAGAUGUCAUCUGUAAAGACAAGGAAGCAUUUUGUUUUAGGAGAUUUAGGAUUUUCAGUUUUCUGGUCAUUUUUAUACUUUGUGGGCUUCUGGUAUCUGACAAAUCAGUGGAGCAAAUCGGUAGCCCCUGAAAAUGGAUACGGUGUUGAUAAUGUUCAAGCUGCCAUUGCUUUUUCAUUUUUCUCUAUAUUUUCAUGGGCUGGCUCUGCAUUUUUUGCUUUUCAACGUUUUCGUCAGGGUGUUGGUGCAGCAUUUCAAACAAAUUAUGAAACUGAUCCUAAUAUAACUUCAUCAUAUCCAUCUUAUCCGGGUGGCCCAGAAUCAGAUCAACAUUACCAAGAGCCGCCAUUUUCUGCUGGACCAAACCAACGAGGACCGACCGAUUUUCAAGCUCCGGCAUAUUGAGCUGUAAAGGCCAGAUCUGAUGAUGAGGUACUACCUCUGCAAGUAUAAAGGAAUGAACGCGUUCGUGUCUGUUCGACCUGAUGUAAGGUAAUUGUAAUAUGUACUUAGGAAUUUCUUACAUGAUAGUAUUAACCACCUCGAAAUAAAAAUUCUUACCCGAGUAAUGAAACCUUUAUUUUAUCCGUAUUGUGAUUUUACGAGAGGCUAACUUUAUAUUUUGUAGCAUGAACUAUAAAUGACACAGCCAUGAUGAGUAGGAACGAUUUAUAAAUAUAUAAAGAAAUAUUAAAUAAUUAUUUUUAGUAAAAGUUCAGUGUACAGUUGAUGUAUAUGAAUAUCAAGAUGAAAGCUUAUGUAGAAAUCCUUUUUGAAAUUUGUUAUUGUAUUGCAAAGGAUUUUUUAAUAUAAUGUUAUGAAAAUGUCACUCAUAGCAUAAUUGUUGCUGACUUGUUACUUUGUGUGCCAUUAGAAUAGUGGAAUAUUUUUCAAACUGAGUUAUUUAUGUAGAAUUAGCUGGAUUUAUAGACUACUUAAUAAGCAAAUCUGUUUAGGAGAUUUUUUUUAUUAAACUGUGAAUUUUGUAGAUGAACAUUUUGAAGUAAUGCGAUGAAAAGGGCACCCAGGAUUACCGUUUAUAUAAAAAAAAUGAAUCUGUAUAAUAUGUAUCUGCAUAAUCUUUGGCGGGGCUGGUAAAUGUUCUUUGAAUUCAUCCGAUUUGUUUGACCUUAGCAAACUACUCCAAAUUCGGUUCUAAACCGAAAAUUAAUGUACCUCUAGGCUUACAUUUGAUAUAAAUCAUGAUAAGGUGUCCUAUUGAAAAAUGUAUUUUGCUACAAACAAAAUUAAUAUUUUAAAAUACAUUUACCAGGGUGGGACCUCUAAGUUAUAUAUUGUCACCCGAUGCAAGUUUUAUUGUGCCAUAAAUAUAAAAUCUUAGCUUUAACAACUGCGAAUGAAGACUUCCAAGGGGUAUUGUGAAAGGGAUAAAAGAUAUGUAAAAAUACAGGGUGAAAUAAAAUAUCGCUAAAAAAACUUAACCAAGUUUCUCAAGACAUCAAUAUCAAUUGAAUAAAUAUAUUAGAAUUUCCAAUAUUCAGUCAUAUAAAUCCAAAAUGACGUCCGCAUGGCACACAUAGAUUGUAACAGUGACUAUAUUACCCUUCACAAAGUAUAUUCAACAUAAUACCAAUAACUCAUUGUGGUCCGUUGUUGAAAUCAUAGAAUGAAGGACCAAGUGAGUUUUUACCGUGUCUCCAAGAGCAUGAAUUCAUUGCAUGGAGUAUCAAGAAAGCGACGAGAAAUGUGGUUAACUGCGAUAAAAAGUGAAGAUCUAACAGGGUUAAUUCUAUUUCAAAGAAGAUAUCUAUUACUCUCUCUUUCAAAUGAAGUAGCUUCACUGGUUUAGGUGGCAGAAUGACUUGGAAUAGACUUCAUAUUGGCAGGUUUGAUUUACUUGAAAAAGGAAUUGAAGCUAUUUCUGUCAUCUUGAAAAAAGAUAUUUUCAAUUCCGUUUUUGAAUUGAUUAAAACUAUCAAAAUAAAUAUAAGCCAUUCUGCUCUGUACUGGUGACACAUGAAUACCAUUUAAAAUGAUUUUGCUACUGAAAAACCUUGAAGUAGCACUGAAUUCUGAAUUCAUGCAAUAAACUUGUCCAACCAUUAAGAAGAAAUCAUUUUUAUUUUUCUUCCCAGCUUUCAACACUAAGUCAGUUGUUGAAUAAUUAUGAGCUUCAUAUGUUUCAACUUCAUUUCAUACCCAUGGAAAUAAAAUAUUCUGAUAUUGUUAUCCAGCACAAGUUGUAAAUGAACGCAGGUGAUAAGAAAACAAUGGAAAAACUAAUCAAACCUGCUUCACUCCAAUAUCUCGUUUUUCCAAUAAUAACAUAUUCAUAUAAUGUAUUAAUGAAAUACCUCAAAAUAUAAGUAAUUUCUUGAAAUACACACAAACCAGUAAACAAUAAAUAAGUAAAAAAAACUAUUAACUUUUAUGAUUGAAACAGUUGUGUGCCCUACAGGCGCCAUAAUAUUCUCUUGGUCUCGAAAUGUCUAUUUGUCAUAUUAAGUUGAAUAAUGAAAAACAGGAUCAGGAGAUCAUCCUACUCUGGUACUUGAAUUAGACAAUAAAACUCACUCAAUGAUACUUGUGAUGCACU